AUGCCUUCUUCGGAUAAUCAAGGUUUCCCGAUAACUUUUUCUUCAUUUCGUCGACCAAUUUUGAGCAUUAGAAAGGAUCAGAUUCAUUCUGAAACAAGCCACGAUUCUACAAUUCAGAACCUGGAAUCAUUUCAAAAACAAGUCUCUGCCCAGUUUCACAAUCUUUCUGUGGUUGACCCUCAUGAAUUUCUCUCCGUUUCAUGGAUUCGGAAGCUGUUAGAUGCAUUUACUAGCUGUCAGGAGGAUUUUAGACUGAUAUUGGGCAAUAACAAAUCGCAGCUCUCAAAACCACCUGCAGAUAGGCUUGCUUGUGAAUUCUUUGACAGGGCUAUUAAGGCACUAGAUAUUUGCAAUGCAACUCGUGAUGGAAUUGAGAAAAUUCGACUGUGGCAGAAACAUUUGGAGAUCAUUGUAAGCGCCCUGGAUAGUGAACAAAGAACGACAGGUGAAGGUCAGUUUCGUCGCGCAAGAAAAUCUUUGAUGGAGUUGGCCCUUUUGAUGCUAGACGAGAAAGAUACUGGGUCCAUGUUUUCAUACCGCAAUCGGUCUUUUGCACAGAAGGGCAAGGAUCACAGCUUUCGUCCAUCAGGUCACGCACGAUCCCAAUCAUGGAGUGUAUCUCCUUCUUGGUCAGCAUCCAAGCAGAUCCAAUCAAUCGCAAACAACUUGGUUCCUCCCCGUGCCAAUGAAAUUGCAGCCACUAAUGGUCUAGCGGUUCUUGUCUUUACAAUGAGCUUUAUUCUCCUGUUUGUUUUAUGGGCUCUUGUUGCGGCAAUACCGUGUCAAGAUCGAACUGUGCCAAUUAAUUUUGCAAUCCCACGUAAUUUUUCAUGGAGUGCAACAUUGUCAUCACUUCAUGGUCGGAUUUUGGAGGAAUCCAAGAAGCGAGACCGCCGAAAUUCCAGUGGAUUGUUGAAAGAAAUAUAUCAAAUUGAAAAGUCGAUACAUCAGCUAACAGAUUUGGUGGAUUCUACUCUGUUCCCACUUACAGGGGAACAGAAGGAAUUAGUGAGAGGGAGCGUGCACGAAUUAUCAUUCGUAUGUAAAGUUUGUAAGACUGGACUGGAUCCACUAGAGCGCCAUUUAAAGGAAGUUUUCCGGAAAGUUAUGAGUUGCCGGACCGAGGGUCUUGAAUUCUUAGGCAAGGCUACAGAACGUUAG